AUGGAAGAAAUUUCUAAAAAGUUUGAAAAAUUAAAAGAAAAUAUAAGAAGGUUUAAUCAUGAAAAUAAAAUAUUCGAUUUAAUAAAAAAUGUAGAGAAAUACUUUUUUAGUGAUAAAUCAAAUCAAAAGGACAAUUUUAAUGAUAUGUUAUUUUUAAUACAAUAUUCUUUAAAAUAUAAGGGCAUAUGUAAGUGGCCAAAUUAUAGUAACUUAUUUGUAAUAAAUUAUAAUUUAAAUGAGAAUUUUAAAAACAUGGUACAAAAUAAUAAAGAGUUUUUUGAAGAGUAUGUAAGAAUGAAUGAGAAUGAAUAUAUUACUCGGAAUAAAGAGAAAAAUAUAAAUCGUGAUGACAAUAACAAUGAUACAACUAAUAUGGAUAGCAAGGAAAUUUUCUUAAAUAAUAAUAAUAAUAAUAAUAAUAAUAAUAACAACAAUUUGUUUACAACAAGUGAUAUUCAAUUAAAUGAAGAUAAUAUGAAAAAGCAAAUAAAAGAACAUAACCAGAUAAGUAAUAAUGAUUAUAAAAAGAAGGAAAGAAAAAUAAAUACAUAUUUUAAUGAUGAUAUAAGCUUAUUUAAUAAAAUAAAAUUACAAAUAUUUAUGUAUAUGAUACUUAACAAUUAUAGAAUUAAAAUAUUAGUUAAUUCAUUAUCAGCAUUAAAUCGUCCUAUCAAUGUUAUAUAUAUAAAUUGUCCAAAUAAUAAAGAAGAAAAAAAAAACAUUUACGAUAAAUUUACUAACUUCUUUUCAUCUUAUUAUAAAUUUAAUAAUACAUAUAUUAAUAACAUUAAAAAAAAUAAUUAUCAAAGUAUUAUAAAAGAUGAUAAUUGUUCUUGCUCAGAGUUAUCAUCAUUGAAAGAAAAUAUAACAACUAUUAAUAAUAAAAGUAAUAAUAAAAGUGACAAAUAUAUAGGAGGAUAUAAUCCAAUAAACAAUACUAUAUGGUUAUGUUCAAAUAAUAUUACUAAUUAUUAUAAAUUGAAAUAUAUAUUAACACAUGAACUAAUACAUGCCUUUGAUUUUGCUAGAGCAAAUAUAGAUAUGUAUAAUUGUAAGCAUAUUGCUUGUUCAGAAAUUCGAGCCUAUAAUUUAAGUAACCAAUGUAAUUAUUUUAAUAGCAAAUAUUUUGUAGGAAAUAAAGAUGUUUUUAAUAGUUCAAAAUCUUCAGUAAUUGAAAAUACUUCAAAAAAUAAAUGUAUAUAUAAUAAUGUCUACUCAUCAUUAUAUCAAUAUAAACCUUGUAGUAAUGAUACACAUACGUAUAUAAAUAAUGUUUUUGAUAAAUGUCUACAUGAUUACUGGCCCUUCAUGUGUCCUCCUGAGCAGGACAGUAAAUACAAGCCCUCCAAAAUUUUUAAGGAUUAA